AUCAAAGUGAGACCCGAACAGUCAAAUCCAAUCUCUGCAAGUUUGCGCAACAAUGGCGACUACGAUUCCACUCUUCGCCUCUUUCAAAUACGCCGAUAGCUUAACGGUCGUAGGAAUCUCCUUCUGCACCGCGUUGGUCUGCGAAGCCAUCUCAUGGAUCUUAAUCUACCGUACCAGCUCAUACAAAUCCUUGAAAUACUCCAUUGACAAGGCCACGAAGAAACUCGAGACAAUGAAGACAGAGAAUCCAUCGUCAAAGCUAUCCAUAAAGAAAUCAAAGACGAAGAAGAUCGAUCGCGUUGAAACCAGCUUAAAGGAAUCGAGCCGAGAUCUGUCACUCUUCAAGUUCAAAUCCGGCGCCGUUGUGGCACUGGUUCUCUUCGUCGUCUUCGGAUUGCUCAAUUCACUAUUCGAAGGUAAAGUCGUCGCGAAGCUUCCUUUCCAUCCGAUCACGAUAGUGAAGAAGAUGAGUCACAGGGGACUGAAAGGUGAUGAUCCGACGGAUUGUUCCAUGGCUUUUCUCUAUCUGCUGUGUUCAAUUAGUAUCAGAACCAAUCUACAGAAAUUUCUAGGGUUUUCUCCGCCGCGAGGAGCUGCUGGUGCUGGUGGUUUGUUCCCCAUGCCUGAUCCUAAGACCAACUGAUCACUCCUUUGAGGUUUUUUUUUUUUGUUUUUGUUGAGAUUUUUGGAACAAUUUUCAUAUAAACACACAGUUACAAGUUUUUGCAAUCAUCUGAUGAUUUUGGU